AUGGAAGCAACUAUUAAUCACACCAUUUUCAAACUUUUUGGGCUAAUGCCUAUCUUUCAGACAAAGGGUAGUGCGUGGAAAAUAUUGCUAAACACAUGCUACAGCCUUUCCGUUAUUACUUUCAUCACAGUGCAUCAGUUUGCUAUCUACUACCUUCAGCUAGAGCGAGAUUUUGCCGGAUGGUUCAUAAGCGCCAGCGUGCUGUUUACCAGCUUCAUCGCACUGCUGCAAACGUUAACAUCGGCCAAAGGGUUGCAGUUUCUAAUGUUGGAGCUGGCGAGUAUCGAUUCGUUGAUAAGCACCUGUAAUGCCACCAGCAAGAGACAUUACAGUGCCAUUUUCUACGCCAUGUACUGUAUCGGCUUGACUAGAGGCAUUUUUCGCAUGGUCCUGAUGAUACAACUCGGACUACGCUCGCCAAGCUUUGCCGUCCAGCUGCUCGUGCCGUCGAUUAUUGUUUUGGUCCUAGUGAAUCUUCAAAUCUAUUUAAUGGAGCUUAUUGCUGCGCAGCUAGAGGCGAUUACAGCGGAGCUUUCCAGCUCACUCGAAGACGCCGGGCGAUGCAACACCAAUGAAGCCGAUACAGUGUAUCGAUGCAGCUGCACGCUUCAGCGAGCAGAAUGCUUGUAUGGACGAUUACAAAAGUGUCUUCUGAUGGUAAAUGCACUGUUUGGUUGGUCUACUGCAGCGAUCGUGGUGCUCGUGUUCGUUGGCAUAACGUUCCAGUUCCGCGUCCCGAUGUAUCCACUUCCGUUUUAUGCACAAAUUAUUGAAGUGUUAUACUCAAUAUUUAUACUAUUUUGCUUAUGUCGAGCCUCCAGUCACGCGACAGAAAAGGUGAACGAAAUAAAGCGCGUACUGUUGAAACCGUUCUACAAUGCUUUGCUGUGGGAUCAGGUUCACAAUUUUAUCGUUCGUACCAAGCUACAACCGUUCGAGUUUACAGCCAAUGGACUAUACUCGAUCAAUUACAGUUUGUUCGGCUCGACUCUGGCCGCCUCCGCCACAUACAUCGUGAUAAUGCUUCAGUUUGAACAUAAAACACUCGAAGUGUUGUAAACAACCAACACGUUAAUGCAUGCCUUCGCGCUACUACACUCCUUUCAAGGCACGCUUCAAAUUGGUGCGCAAGUUGUUAUCCAUAUCCUUGUAGAAAUACUCGUCAAAAAACUUGUGCUUGCGCAACAUGCGAUAUAACCGUUCACCAAACUUCCUGCACCGAAAUAUAAUAAUAAAAUAGCCAUUACAUGCAUUC